UUCCGACCUAACCUUCCUUGCGAACUCCGCCACCGCGUCCCUGCGUUAUAGGGCCGUCGACGACGACGGGUUGCGCGUCCCCGCCUCAUUCGCGCGACCAUGGACACGGACACGGACACGACGACGUCCACCGGCUCCCGCCUCCAUCCCGCGGCCGGACAUGUACGCUCAUUGGCCGCCCGGGGCGCCGAGAGCCUCGUCACCUGCGUCUUCGCGACGGUGGGCACGGUCCUCGGCGCGAUCACCGGUGGCCUCAUCGGCCUGGCCACGGAGACGGGCGUGCUGCGCGGCACGGGCGUCGGCGGCAUCACGGGCGCGCUGGUGUCCAUGGAGGUCGUCGAGUCGCUGUGGCGCUCCGACGAGCCGGCAAUCUGGAGCGUCGUCUACGUGCUCGAUGUCAUCUGGAGCUUGCUCACCGGCCGCCUUGUGCGCGAGAAGGUGGACCCCGCCGUGCUCAGCGCCGUCGAGAGCCAGAUGAGCGCAGCGGACACACCGGCCUUGCAUGCAGACCACGCCGACAUCUUCGACACGGGCGGCACCAACGGCAUGGCGAGGGUCGCCAUGGACGCGCUCCCCGUCGUUAGGUUCACCGAGCGCAGCAACGUCGACGCCAGCGGCGAGCUCAUCGCCUGUUCGGUUUGCCUCCAGGAAUUCCAAGCCGGCGACAGCGCGAGGAGCCUGCCGGUGUGCCGCCACACGUUCCACCUGCCGUGCAUCGACGGCUGGCUGCUCCGGCACGCCUCCUGCCCCUUGUGCCGCCGCGCUGUCUAGGCCGCGCCCGUUCCUCUACCCUCAAGGAUAGCCGCCACCAGAGCUGCUCUGACAAGCGACACCCGUUCCUUCAGGCUGUAGCCGUACGCACACUGGCAGCGUGAUUUUUCUGUAGCUCAUCAGAUGAUUCAGAUGGGCGUUAUGUAAACAUUGGUUAAUUUUUAACAAAUGCAAGUGGUGC